ACCCAGCCAGGAAUGGCCGAGGCGAAGGACCCUUGGAAAGAAAGGAGCUCCUUUCUUUCCAUUAUGUUUCCCAUGCGCCGGUGCGCGGCGCGCGUCUCCGCUCCGUAUCUUCCCCCCCCGUUCUUUUACAAAUAUAGGCGGUCUUGCUCCCCAGCUUUCUACCUCGGGAGGACAGUAUCUGCGCUCCUAUCCAUCUAUUCCCUCGCCGAGUUUCCCUUCCCCCUAUCUUUUCCUUUUCUGGUCCAGGUACCCGUUGUCGAACAGGGGGAACCGGGCGGAUCAUACGACAAGACCCUACGAUUAUCGGAUCUGCCGCGAAUCCAUAACUUGCGUGGCGUUUGGGGGUGAGCGCAACCAGGUCCUCACGCCUGUAGAGGGGUCGGCUGCCAACAACACACCGGUCUCGGUCGUUGCUGGAUCUUCACUCUUUGGUUCCGAGAUCGUCUCACAUCAGAUCCGAGUGACACACGCAGUGCCGAAACAUAGUCACACCCAGCGGAUAUAGAUACCUGCAGGAUUGCGCCAUUGCCGUCGAUCCCCGGAUAGCAGCGCAGUGGAACAGAGCUCGAUUGGCCAACUAUUCUUGUGAACCAAGAGAGAGGGCGUAACUCGACUUUCCUACUUCUCACGUACCCUACUUCGACAUUGAGAGUUCGGGUCGGCCCUACAUAACAGCAACACACACCGGCACCAUGGGUGACGACCGCAGCAUCCCAAUCAAGGCUUCCUCAAGCCGCGACUUUGUCGCCCAACUCAGCUCGUCGUUCCGCGUGGGCACGCCGCAGGCACAGGAGAUCUUGGCCAGCGAUCUGGCCGAAUGCUCAGACGACGAGAUUCCCGACGAGAACGACGACGCCGCCAUCGGCUCCGCCUCCGAGUCCGAGUCCGAAGAGGGCCCCCUCUUCUACCGGCGCCCGAGCGGUGUCGCCUUUGGCACCUCUCGGCCCGUUAUGAAUCCGCAGACGUACGCCGUCGAAGAGCCGCCCGCCGCCCUCACCAGAGUCGAGAAGAAGCAGUCGCGCGACGCCGAGAGGAGUCUUCUCCGGGACAACCAUAUCCUGCCGCCCAAGACACCUCGGACGGACAGCGAACCCUUCUAUCGCCGUGCCUACAGACGUUUGUUCAGCACAAAGGUCCCUCUCGAGCCUCACGACGAAGAGACACCGCAGAUCGUCAUCCGCCGACCUACCGAGUCCACUCCUUUGUUGUCUGGCGCCGCCCCGGCGCCCGACGCCGAAGAAGGUCACGAGCACCUUAACGAACAGUGGGAGGCGGCGGUUGCGGCGGGUCAGCUCCGUACUACCUGGCAGCGGGAGGCCAAGACCAUUGUGCAGUAUGCAAGCCCGCUCAUCGUCACCUUCAUGCUGCAGUAUUCGGUCAACGUCGUCGCCAUCUUCGCCGUUGGCCGCAUCGGCACCAUGGAGCUCGGCGCCGUGAGCCUGUCCACCAUGACGGCUACCAUCACCGUCUACGCGCCAUUCCAGGGCCUCGCAACGAGCCUCGACACCCUCUGCGCGCAGGCGUACGGCUCGGGCCACCGUCAUCUCGUCGGGCUGCAGAUGCAGCGCAUGACGUACUUCUUGCUCAUGUGCUUCGUGCCGCUCGCCGUGCUGUGGUUCUUUGGCGAGUCGGUACUGAGCCUCAUCAUCCCGGAGCCCGAGUCGGCGCGGCUGGCGGGACAGUACCUGCGCGUCAUGAUCCUCGGCGGGCCGGCCUUUGUCUGCUUCGAGGCCGGCAAGCGCUUCGUGCAGGCGCAGGGUCUGUUCCAGGCGACGACGUGGGUGCUGCUGAUCGCCGCGCCCGUCAACAUCUUUUUGAACUGGCUCUUCGUCUGGAAGCUGGGAUGGGGCUUCGUCGGCGCCCCCACCGCCGUCGUCUGCACCCAGAACCUCCUCCCGCUGCUGCUGUUUCUCUACGUGCGCUUCGUCGACGGGUACCAGUGCUGGGGCGGUUUCAGCAAGCGGGCGCUCGCCAACUGGGGCCCGAUGCUUCGCUUGGCGCUGCCCGGCAUGAUCAUGAUCGAGGCCGAGUACAUGGCCUUUGAGGUGCUGACGCUGUUCUCGAGCCACUUUGGGCCGUCAUACCUCGCUGCACAGAGCGUCGUCGUCACGCUCUGCGCCAUCACCUACCAGAUCCCAUUCCCCGUGAGCAUUGCCGCGUCGACGCGCAUCGCCAACCUCAUUGGGGCCGGGCUUGUGGAUGCGGCCAAGACCACCGGCGUAGUGGCGUUCGCCGCAGCGUUAAUAGUGGGCAUCUUCAAUGUCAUUAUGUUUGGCAGCUUGCGGUUCCAUCUACCGCGGCUGUUCACCGACGACGAGGAGGUCAUCGCCAUCGUGGCCGACGUACUCCCGCUGUGCGCCAUGAUGCAGGUGUUUGACGGCCUUAGCGCGGGAGCCCACGGGCUGCUGCGUGGCAUCGGGCGACCGUCGAUUGGCGGGUACGCCAACAUCACUGUGUACUACUUGAUCGCGAUUCCCUUGUCGUUCGGGACGGCGUUUGGUCUCGGGUGGAAGCUCAAGGGACUGUGGCUGGGCGUCACGGUCGGGCUUGCGUUGGUCGCGACUAUUGAGUAUUCGUUUGUGUACUUUACCGACUGGCACAAGGCGGCGAGAGAGGCACACGCGAGGAACCAGGCAGAGUGAAACAUCUCGCGGUACGAUGUACGGUCGGAUGUCAAAAGCCUCAUGAGAGCAUGCGCUCGUGCGUGUCGAGAGCAGCAGCAGGAGCUCAUUGCGAGUGUUUGCGUCUAUUUACACACCAAACGGCAUCAUAUGUUGAAUCUUAGAAGCGUCUGUAGCAUGGUUUUUCUUGUUCCAUUUUUCUCUAGCGGUAAUACUGAGCAACCAAACGCAGCGGGAAAGCAUGAACAACAUGGAAGGAGCGGAAGAGGGGAGAGAAAGCAAGCAAGCAAGCAGGGCGAUCCACGACAUACAACGCGGCUCAGCCGUCGCAUGUUCGGAAGCCGUUUUCGCUCCCGUGUCCCAGGAAUGGCAACCAACCAUAUCACAUGCCAUUGACACAUGAUGGAUGUUGUCCUGUAACGUUGUGGGAGUGAAAUGUUCGCCCAGCUUUCGGUGACGGACGUCCGUCUAUGAUAGAAGGGCGGCACCCACACACACACGGAACGGAGUUUCUGGGGCUCGACUCCAAUCGGAGCGGGUGCAUUCGACUCCCUCACUACUGCAGUCUUUCGUCGCUCAUGAGUGGGUGGAUGAGCGUGAUAGAGGGUGUGGUGAGAGUGAGCACUCAGCAGAAAGAAAGGAAGCUUGGUGCUGCAGGGGAACGGGAGAUUGGGGGGCAACCGCAACAGUGACAAACAACCGAAAUAGUGAAAAGUAGGUCCCUAGGUACACACUUCCCAGUAAUACUAUUGGCUCACUGGCCCCCUGCACCCAUGCACACCUGCCCUGCAAGCCU